CCAACUUGUAUUAACUUAAGGAAAGUAACAAGAUAUCAUUGUGGGAAUGUAAUUAGGAAUAUGAUUUUCAGCAAGAGAUCAUUAUUUGGAAUUAUAGAACAAGAUGAGGAGCAAAUUGAUGCAGUUUUUACACUUAUUGAAUAUGUUUAUUAUUUUAGUAUAUCAGAUUACUUACCAUGGUUAAGUGUUUUUGAUUUGGAUGGUCACAAGGCAAUUAUCAAGAAAGCCUAUGCUACAGCAACAAAACAUAUAGAUAUUGAAGUUGAUCAUAGGAUACAAACAUGGAAAGAUGGCAACAAAUCUUUGGAAGAGGAUAUUCUUGAUGUUCUUAUCAUGCUCAAAGAUACAAAUGGAAAUCCAUUGAUGAAUGUUAAAGAGAUUAAGGCACAAGUGCUAGAAUUCUUUAUGGCAACGGUAGAUAAUCCCUCAAAUGCAGUUGAAUGGGUACUUGCAGAAAUGUUGAAUCAACCAAUUUUAAUGCAAAAGGCUAUAGAAGAACUCAACAUUGUUGUUGGGAUCAAUAGAUGGGUUCAAGAAUCAGACUUGCCAAGGCUUAAUUAUGUCAAGGCUUGCAUAAAAGAGGCCUUUCGACUCCAUCCCUUUAUGGCUUUUAAUGUUCCUCACGUGUCUGUCUCUGAUACCAUCGUCGGUGAAAAGUACUUCAUCCCUAAAGGGAGUAUAGUGCUAUUAAGUCGUCUUGGACUUGGCCGGAAUUCUAGAGUUUGGGAGGAUCCAUUAAAGUUCAAGCCGGAGCGUCACCUCGGAAUGGAAGAUGGUGGUGAAGUAGUUCUCACUGAUUUAAAUUUACGUUUGUUAUCAUUUAGUAUUGGAAGACGAGGUUGUCCAGCUGUGAAACUUGGUUCAACAAUUACUACAAUGUUACUUGCUAGGCUUCUUCAAGGAUUUACUUGGAAUUUACCACCAAAUUCACCAUGCAAUGAUUUAAUUGAGUCAUCUAAGAUUAAUCAUUUUUCUACCUUACCACUUCUUGCUCAGGCAAAACCAAGAUUAGCUAAGGUCAUGUAUCUUUAAGC